AUGUGAUUUGAACGGUGGCGCGGUCGGGCGGGGCGGGAUCUGCCGUUGUCAUGUCGGGUAGACUGCUGCAGGACCUCUUGGAGGAGGUUGGGGGCGAGGAGGAGGUCGGAAACUCCCUGGACCUGGGGGACGAGGAUGAGGCGGUCGGUGGCUCCCGGGACGUGGGGGGCAUAAAGGACGUGAAGCAGGUCUUGUUUCAGGAAGAUGAGGACAGUGACUAUGGGAGCCACAAAAAACUUGGGAAGGUUUCUCCACGACGUGUUUUAGCUGGAAACAUGCAGUUCCCAGACUUGUUCCAGACCGGUAACCUCCUCUUCUAUGAGAGGUUUGAGGCCUACAAGGAUUAUCUGCUGGGUGAUGGUAAACCCUCUGAAGUGACAGAAUUCAUAGCUGAAUACCUGGAGCGAGCCCUGGAACCCUCUGGCUGGAAGGCAGUAUGGCGCACAAAUAUCUUUGAAGCUCUUGUAGAGGUGACCGAAAUCUCCUUCUCCAGCCUGAAGGCUGUGGUACAGCCAUGUGAACCAUUUUUGUGUGAUUGUCUUGUGGAUUGUGUCAAUGAGGAGAGCAUCCGUGACCUUUUGGAAGUUAAGGAACAGAAGGUCCCCCUCCAGGAGCUCUAUGUGGUAUUUGAUGAUUCUGGGGAGUAUGACCAGACUGCAAUGGCUAUAGAACAUGUCAGAUUCUUCUACCAGAACAUCUGGCGUUCCUGGGAUGAAGAAGAGGAGGAUCAUUUUGAUUAUUUUACAAGAUGUGCAGAGCCCCGCUUACGCCUACAUUAUGAUAUACUGGAAGAGCGGAUCCCAUCAGAGCUAGUGUCAGAAUAUCACGCUAUCCUGACUCGUUGUGAACAGGUUUACUCCCAGUUCAACAGCCUCCGAAACACGUUAUCCAACAGAGACUCAGACUCUGAUUGUGAGCUGGACAAUGUGUCCAUGGUAGAAGGCAUGAAGAUGGAUGGUGAAUUGGAAAAUUUGAAGAGGAAACUUAAAUUGAUUGAAAACCCCCUGCUAAGGUACCUCUUCUGUUACCAGAAAAGUCCAGGAUCCUGUAGCUUGAAAAAGAAAGGGCCCCGACCUGCAGGAGGAAGGGUCAUUCAUGUUGUAUCUACAAGUAUGUCCAUUGAAACGUUGACAUGUUUGCUUAGAGAGCGUCUGGAUCCAGAAUCCUGCAACCAAAGUCAAGAAAUCCAGUUCCAUAAGGAUAUUUUGGAGGCUGUGAAUGCAUGCUUUGAUGGAGAUUUGGUCUUGAUCUGCCCUGGCCAUUACUUUGUAUACAGUCAAAUCUGCAUAGCGGACUCUGUACAUGUAGAAGGCUAUGGCAUGCCAGAUGACAUCAUCAUAGAAAAGAAAGGGAAAGGAGACAAAUUUGUAGAAUGUGCUGGGCCCCAUGUGAAACUCUCAAACAUGAAGCUCAUCCAGCACAAUGCAGUGGAAGGCAUAGUCAUGUCCAGUCACAACUGUAGCCUCUUCUGUAUGCAGCUUACACGAGUCACAAGCAUCAUCUGUGGAAAGACAGAGCUGGAAAACUGUGUGUUACAGUGCGACACAACUGGGAUCACCUUGAAGAAGUCUGCGGAAUUGUUGAUGAAGUAUUGUGACUUGUACGGAGCACAGGGUGCUGGGGUCGAGAUAUAUCCUGGAAGUAGCUGCAGCCUCAUUGACAAUGGCAUUCACCACUGUAGAGAUGGGAUCCUUAUCAAGGACUUUAUCGAUGAGGUGCAUGAUCUUCCCCAAAUCACUCUUGAAAAUAAUGUCAUCCAUAACAAUGAGGGUUAUGCUGUUGUGCUAGUGAAGCCGGGUGCUGUGCUUGAUAGACUGAAGCCAGAGGCUGUACUGGAAGCUAACUUGGAUGCUAAUGCAACAGAAGUUAAAGGUGCUUCAGAUGUGGUCCUGCUGGACUCUGAGGAUGGCAUGCAGCCAGAAGCUGAAGAGAACUGUAGCCCAAUCUCAGCUGAGCCGAUGCAGGAAGCCAGUGCCAACCUCCUUGAUGCAGACAGCGAGCACAAUCCCAUUUUACCUGAAAUUAAAAGUGACUACUGCAUUGCCAGCGAGGAGGUGGACGGAAACCAGGCCAUUGUGACUGAACUUACUGCAAACUCUCGGAGAAAGACCAUUAUCCACAAGAAGAGACUCAGCGCCUUAGGGAUCACUAAAGCUGACGACGAGCAGAUCAUGUCCCAGGAGAUGUUUGUCUCCAUAGCUGAUAACCAAUUUAAACGCAAUGGGAAGGGAAGCUUUGGAACCUUCCUUUUUUAAUCCGUACUUCUAACUAAAUGCUUACACAUUUGAUUCUUAUUGGCUUUUCCGGAGUGUCCAAACUGUUAUCGAACAGUCUAUUUAAAUAAUGUCAAUUGCACAUUGUACAUAUGACCGUUUCUUAUAUAUUGCAUUUUGCACUGUAUCUUUGUACGUUUUUGUCUGUCAUAAUUGAAGCACAGGGAUUGGUCUAGGAAUUUAGGAAAAACUUCACACAGUUGUCAGUCUCUGUAAAGCCUGGUGCCCAAUACUUAUUUGUUAUGAGAGAGCAUUUUAUUUUUAAAAGGGGUAGACUGGGUGGACUGACUUGGAUUAUCGCCAAAGAGUUCCCUCAGCAUUCAUUGCAUAAAAAUGACUGCUUGGGUCCCCAUUGAUCAGCUGUAAUCUAUUAAGAUACCUGGCAGUAAGUGUUCAAUUUCCAGGCAGCACCAGGUUGGCUGAAGUCUAGGAACCAGAAAAUAGAAACACUGGUUAGGAUUUUCGAAAACUUUUUAAGGGUUCAUUAACACUACAUUUGUGAGAUCCGGCUGGGAUACGGGAGCACCCGGGAUUUGAAAUUUCCCAGCCGGAUCGGCGCCGAAUCUCAUUCAUUUAAGAGUUAGAUAGUGACUCCGGUUGGCUCAUUUUUGCUCCGCAUACAGUUUUUUACCCGAUUGAAAACCAUGGUAUGUU